AUGUUCAAAAGUCUAUUUUUUUCCCUUGAAUGUAGCAUGCCUGGUUGCCACCUGACAAAUAAAUGCUGUCAAGUGUUUGCCUCAGUUCUAAGCUCAAACUCCCAGCUGCAAGAACUCGACCUCAGCAGGAACGACUUGCAGGAUUUAGGAGUGCAGCUGCUCUCUGCAGGGCUGGGGAGUUUAAAAUGUAGGCUGGAGAUACUGAGGCUGUCACAUUGUGGGAUCACAGAGGAAGGCUGUGCCUCUCUGGCCUCGGCUCUGAAGUCCAACCCCUCCCACCUGAGAGAGCUGGACCUCAGCUACAACCACCCAGGAGAGGCAGGUGUGAGGCUGCUCUGUGAGAGACUGGAGGACCCAAAAUGUCCACUGGAAAAACUCAAUGUCGACCACGAUGAAGAGCUCUGGGUCAACCUGCAGCUUCUGAACAAGUAUGCCUGUAAUCUAACUCUCGACUCCAACACGGUGCACGAAAACCUCCUCCUGUCUGACUGCAAGAAGAAAGUGGAUUUAACUGAAGAGAAGCAGCCAUAUCCUGAUCACCCGGAAAGAUUUGAUACAGAAAACCAGGUGCUGUGUGAGGAGGGUCUGACUGGACGCUGCUACUGGGAGGUGGAGUGGGAUGAUGUCAUCAGCGUCGGUGUGGCGUAUAAGAGCAUAGAAAGAAAAGGACACAUGAGUCCAGGUAUUUUCUUAAGUGAAAAGGCCUGGUCAUGUGCUACCAUGAGUUGGAAUGGUUAUUCUUUCUUUCAUGGACAAAGACAACGGUUUAUUCCUGUCCCGUUCACUGAUGUAAAAGCUUUCCUGGCCAGACGAAGGAGAUUUGGGCUUUUCCUGGACUGGCCUGCUGGGACUCUAUCUUUUUAUUCACUGUCUGGAGACAAGAAGACUCAUCUUCAUACAUUCAACGCCACUUUCACAGAGCCUCUCUAUCCAGCGUUCACUGUUCUUGGUGGCUCUUUGACCAUUUCCAGCACAGGGAUGCCAGCGAUGGAUAAUGCCAAGUCAAGCUUCACACCUGAGGUGGUAGCAGAGAGACUCAGCAUUUCCUACAGAUUCAAGUUCCCCUGUUCAGGUGUGUUUGAGUGUUCUCUGACGAGGCUCAUGUUCAAUGUGACCCAUGAGGGGGAGGUCACAUACAGGAUCCUGAUAUGGGACAAUACACUCCUUGAGCCAGCUGGCAAGGUGCCUGGAGGACCGCUGUUCAGCAUUAAGUGUCCUCAAGACCUGAUCUGUCAGCUGCACCUUCCUCACUGUGAGCCUGAACCUGGUCUGGUCUCAGAGAGUCUCUCUGUCGUCCACAUCACUGAUGAGGGCAUGGACAUCAUUCAGCCGCUGGAGAUUACUGAAACUCACGUGGUGGUGAAAACCCCUCACCUCUCUGCCUUUGGCAUCAUACUGGAUGUCAUCAAGAGGUUAAAGGAUUUCAUGACCAAACCAGUGUGUGGCCAAGUCCUGCUGUUCUCUCGACCAGCGUACAAAAAGAUGCACGUCAUCCUGAGCGUGAUCCUGCUGCCUAGCAACGUCCCACUGCAGGAGGUAAAAGCACAGUAUGAAAACUGCAUGUACAUCCAGGCCCCAUCCAACUGUCUCCUCCAUGUCAGCCAACACUACAGCCUGCACAGUAACCCUGAGGGCUUCACCAUUCAGCCUCCUUGUGCACGGUUUUUUAAAAACUAUGGACCCAACUUCCACGCAUCGUUCGAGAUCACCUUGACAACGAGCACUGAGGAAGUGACCCUGAUGGUGCAAGAUCCAGACAAGACCCCAAUGUGGGAGCAUGGCCUCAAUCUGCCUGCUUCAUCAACGGAUACUUCUCCAGAUGAGAAUCAGCCGAUGAUGAGGAGUAGUGCGUCAGCAGAGGAGAAGCUAAACCGUUCUCGGCCUCAAUUCAUCGACAGAGUGUCCGAUCCGGUUCUCAACAAGCUGCUGGAUGAACUUCUACGGUGCGAAGUUUUGAACGACGCUGAGGGUGAGGGGGCCAGAAUCAAAUCGCGAGGGGACAAAGCUCGAGACGUGAUCGACAUGGUGCGAAAGAAAGGAGCCAAGGCGAGCGGGAAGCUGAUCUCCAUCUUUUAUAACAUUGACCCUUAUCUUUGCAAAGAGCUGAACUUAAACUGAAGCUGUAACCUGAAGGAGAAAUCAUCAUUUGAAACCAAAAACUGGUGAAGGGUCAGAAGUUUCACAUGCAAAUUUGAUAACUAAGCCUAGGGUUGUCAGGUGGUGCACUCCUAUCAUAAAGACACAGAAAGUGACUUUACCAUAAGCCAGCUGAAGCAGUAUCUAAAGUCUAAGGUCAGUGGUGCAGUGUGGUCAUGUGAUAUAAACAAGGAGGGUAUUAGAAAUGGUAACGGCUGUUCCUUUGACCUCAUGGCUUGGUUUUUUGCUCUGUUAUUCAUGGCCAGCUGUGAGGCCUUUUAUAAAGAGGUGUGUGCAUUUCUAAAUCAUGACCUAUCAAUUCAAUUGACCACAGGUGGACUCUAAUCAGGCUGCACGGUGGCAUAGGGGUUAGCACUUUUGCGCCUGAGCGCAAUCAGGACAUUGGAGCCAAGCAGCAGCAGCAGUGAGGAGUAGAUUCCCUGAGAGGACUACAGUUUGUGUUUUGGAUUUUGUUGUAUCAUUUAGUGCCUUAUUUGAGUGUUUUUUCGCUCCCAACAGUGUUUUUACACUGUUUGGGGGUAGUUUUUGGUUUGUCACUUUUCAGGCCCUCUUAUCAGAGGUGUUUUUUGUUCUCAAACAAAGGAAGCAAGCAUAGCAGAGAUGGUAAAGAUGCCUGGAAAGCAGAGGUAUGAGAAAACAUUACUGCCAGUGUACAUUAGUGACUCAGAAAUAUUGAACAAAGUCCAGAGCUGGCGAGUGGAGGUGGCUUCCCCAUAAAGAGGAGACUGUAGCCAGACACAGACACAGCGGAUGGAACGUUCAGGGUGCAUGUCAGCUCCUUAGCCUACUGCACCAAAUUUGAGACUGCAGAGGGCGGUGGAUACUUCAGAGUCAUCCAUGACCGGCAGGAGAGGGUGUGCGGCCUCUGCAUUCAGCCGGGACACAUUGUCAAACACUGUCCCAACUUCAGAUGCCACAAGUGUAAGGAGCUAUUAUUGUUGCAAAAGUAUUUGCAAAUGCAUACAAAGAUCUGUGCACAAAUCCACAAAUGUGUGUAAAGAUCUGCAAAUGUGUGCAAAGUUUUGCAAAUUUGUACAAAGAU